AGACGUGGGCCAACCGUAUUCAGAGAUGGCAGUGUUCCUGUCAAAGAGAACGCUCCCCGCGCGCGUGUUUUGACUUAUUUUCGUCAAACGUACGCCAUAUUGUUUUAUUGUGUUCAAUAAUCAACAUUUCACUACAGAAAUUUCACUUAUUUGAAAUCUUCUAAUAACACGGUAGAGUGCGUCAAUGAUUACGCCAUAGCAUUGUGAUUAAAAAAAAUAUUCUCAAUUACGUAGUGUUUAUGUUCUCUGGUAAAUAUUGAAGGUUUUACUAUUUUUUAUCUGUGAAUUAGAAAAAAGGAAAAACAAAUUGUUUUUGUUAUGUACAUACUUAUUAAAUAUUAGGAUUAUGUAUUUGUGUGGUGAUCAAUAAAGUUAAAAGUUUAAAAAUUUCUAAAACAAAAAUAAAUAAAUCCUUAUAUAAUUUUAAUUAACAUAAAUUGCGAUAUGAGAAGUGUCUAAAAAUACGACGUUGAAAAAUAACUGUUUCUGUACCGCGUUGUUUAAAAUUAGUGCAAUGGCUACGCUGAAAGUUAAAAUAAGAAUGCAUAAAAAUUAACAAUUACAUCGUCCGAAAUGUAAGCGAUUAGUGGUUUUGUGAAGUGUAUACGUGGAUAUUUCUUUGUCUUUUGGAUUACAUUGGAUAUGGAGAAACCGUCAUAUAAGCUGCUGGGUUCUCCAUGCGGCCAGCACGGACAGUACACAUUCUACAAGGCGAUCAGGUUGACCGGGAAACGGGAGAGGAUCGUCGCUAUCGGCGACUUCUUCUUCGUGAGGAUAUGGCAGGACUCCGAGCUGGUGUCCAUUGGUGAACUGCAGCUGCUCUGGACGGACCGCGUCUCCGACCAGACCCUGGUCAGCCUUCGGUUGUACUUCUUGCCCGAGAACACGCCCGACGGCCGCGGCCAACAUGGAGAGGAUGAGGUGCUCGCAAUCAACGAUAAGGUAGUGGUCCGUGCGGAGGACCUGCUGAGCUGGGUGUGCGAAGGCACUGGUUGGCGGUGGGGACUCCGAGCGGUUUGGAGGGGAGCCUGCGCCCCGCCUGCGGACCCUCGGCUCACCGCGCCGCUCCAUCAUACGAAGCUGGACUUCAGCGAUAUAGAACGGGAGAAAAAUGCAAUUACCGUGGACGCGGAUAGCCCGGGCGUGAUGGUGUUCUCGUAUCCUCGCUACUGCCGGUACAGGGCGCUGCUAUCCCGCCUCGAGGGUAUCCAGGCUGACUGGCUGCGGGACUCCCUGGUGGCCGCGCUGGGUGGGUACGCGGCACCCACCAAGAACACCAGGAUUCUGUAUUGUAAGGAGACGUUCGAGUACCCCGAGCUGGAGGGACACGAGUUCGUGUGCAACCACCUCGCGCCGCGGCUGAAAGGCAGGCCGCGGGGACGUCGCCGGCGCGCGCGCUCGCGCUCUGCCUCGCGCUCCGACACCGACAGCGAGCCGCGCGCCCGUGACCCGCCGCCGCCGGUGUCGCUGAGGUGCGGACACACACCUAGCGCCACUCAGCGGCGCGCGGCGCAACAGACGCCACACCGGCCCUGCCAGGCACAGACAGCACAAACCGUAAUGGUUGCGCGCACGGCGCCCGCAGAUGGCGUUGCAGUGCCGGAAGUGCACACUAUCACCCCCUGGCGGCGAGUAGCCACCGAAGGUUCCAGAAGGCACUCGAACGACACGACAGAAACCAAUCCCAACUACCCACUAAACGCCCCGGCGACUGUCCCUCCGGAAUGGCGCUCCCGGGAAGCCGAGCGAGGAAGAGGAAGAGGUGGAGGACAGCAAGAAGACCGAAGGGGAGAACAAGGACGACAAGGCGUUCCUGCAGGAGCUGAGGCAGUUCUACAAGGGGCGGAAUGAGAGCUUGAAGAUGGCGCCCACGUUGAAGCACUUGUCGCUACGUUCGUUGUAUGUGGGCGUAGCGUCCCGCGGGGGCUACGAGGCCGUAUGUCGCGCUCGCCUAUGGAGGGCGCUUAGUCCAGAACAACCAGCGAGGGCUAGGAGACACUACGAGAGAUUUCUACUACUCUUCGAGAACCACGAAAGGGAAAACGGCUCGAAGCUAUUCCAAAAGAUCGCCAACGGUCUCCACGAACAGCCAAAGACGAUAGACACCAUAGAGGUCCACGACUCCCCGCUCCGGGAAGUUGAGAACCUGAAGGAGUUACCUGAGAAAAGAUUAAGAACGCCGUCGCCCAAGAUGACCGAGGAGGAGAAAACAGAGAAAAUGGAAAAGCUGAUCUUCGACAACGAAACCGGCGAAAUCACUAAGGAGGACCUGAUUAUCGCUUCGAAACCGGCCGAGGAGUUGAACAGAGUGUUCCUAGAGUUUUUACCCAAGGAAGAGGAGAAACCGUUGAAGAUAACGGUGAAACCUGUAGAGAAGCUGAUAGAGCCAAACGUCAAAUUAACUGAUGACCCUGGAGAAACGAAGGUAGCUGGUGAAAUACCCAACGAUACGAAGCCGAACUCGAGUCAAGAGGGUGGGGUGUUCCUGAAUGAGUUGGCACAAAAGUUGAAUUUAGCGAGUGCAGAUGCAGCGUUACUCCAGCAGCUGGCUGUCGGAGACAGAAGAACUCUCAACGGUCACCUCACGCCUGUAAAUCCAGUCCCCGCUUCACAGCCUGCUCAAAAUGACCAGCGAAACACCCGUCCGGUGGGGCGAAGCUCCCUUCGGGCCGUCAGAGUGAAACCUGCGCGACCUCUAACGGCCACCGCUACGCCGAGCGUGGGGCCGGUGCCCGCGGCCGCGGCGCUCAACAACUUCGGCAUCCACCGGCCGCCGCACGCCGCGGACGACGACAUCGUAGAGAUACCCUACAAACCAAAAUCGCCAGAAAUAAUAGACCUUGAUGAGUACGCAGAGAGUCCGCAAGGAAUCAAAAAGAAGAAACUCGACAUCCUCAAAGAGCGGGGUCUAGAAGUGACAGCUGUCCCACCGGCCUGGCCGAUACAACCAGUUCUCACUAAUCCCAUAACGCCGCUAAUAAACCCUAGUCCCAUAAUCCUGAAUCCAGCCAUGCAACACCAAAUAAUGACGCAAGCUCAACUAUUUCAAAUGUACAACAUAAUUCCACCAAACAUACCCAAUGGCGUUCAACCCCCCAAAGUUAUACAGGCGACCAGCAUCUUCGGGUCUUCCGGGCCCGAGAAGACUGUCUACGGGAACCCAAAAGACCCUUUCAUGUCCCCACCUCACAUCCUCCACGGCACCACAGUUAAGCCGCAAAGAAGUAUCCAGACCCCAACAACGCCACCGCAAGAUAUCCUCGACCUGACCUGCAAAUCCCAAACCCCACCACAAAAGCCGGCGGUUAAAAUAGUCCGGCUACCGUCCUCCCCACCAAAAACGCCAACAGCUCAAAACCUAUCAAAGAACUACACCCUACUCGACGGGAAAGCGGUAGUCGGUUCGAACUUGGAAAUCACUCUAGUCAACCCCAAAUUCCAAACUCCGCCCAAGAGACCGCCGCAAAAGCGCUGCUCCAACGGGAAAUUUAUGUCAGCGAAAACCCCCACACCGUCGAAAGAUUACACCAAACCGUACCCACCUCCAUCCCCCUCGGGGUUGCAAAAGAAGAACCCGAUCGUGGUACCAAACUACCAAGUCAAUUCGACGAGAGACGACACGUACCCAAGUUCCACCGGCUCCAGGUACUCCCAGACCAAAACUCUACCGAGUAACCCCCCGAAGGCUCAGGACAGCCUCGCACAGAUCAUAGAGAUGCAGAAAUCAGUUCCCAACAUCACCCCGUUCAUGGACCCCGUGUACAUGAGCGCCCUCUACAGUAGCUUGGGCCAAAUGGACCACAGGCAACUGGCCAUGUACAGGGACUUCAUGGCCAACCAGUUUAGAGGGUACUCUGGCCUGUUGAAUAUUGGAACGCCUACAACGAAGAAUUGAUUUUAGAUUAAUCUAGUCUUAGUGCCCGUUACGCCACGUUAUAUAUUAUAUAUUGUUAUGUUGUUUGGGGAGGGGGGGGGGGCAGCGAUAUUUUCGUUAGUAAAUAUGGGUCUACAAAUCCAAAUAAAUUAAAUUGAAGUUAUGAAUAAAGAUCCAUAAAUUCUUUAUUACGGUUUUGUUUUUGAUUAAACACGAAAAAGGUUAAUAAAAUGUUUUUUUUUUACUUAAUUUUGUGGGUAGUAAAAAUUUGUUCAAUAUAAAAAAGUCAAGGUCAAAUAUUUUUAUUUUAAAAGCGCUUCUACUGCGGGGAUAAUAGACCUUGUGAAAAGAAGCGGCAACAAACUCACAAGUAGAGUUAAUAUUUAUAAUUUCGCUCAAGUCGAUUGACGGCAUAAUUAUUGUAUCAGGUUCGUUUUCCGCUGUGAACGAAUAUUUUUUAUAGGCUACCAAAAUUUUUUUCUGGCCUCGAUAUUUGUCUUUAUACAAUUUAUAUAUAUAAGACACCUCAAGAAAUAAACAGUAUCAAUUAAUAAAAAAAACGUUUCGCUUAAGUGGAAACUUGCCAAAACACUACUAAAGUAGAUUCAUAUUGUCAAAAUUAAAAUCAAUUAAGUUUCAAAUAUUAUAUUUCUUUAAAUGGUGACAUAAUUAUUAUUUUAUAGAAUAAGGGUGACAAACUAGCACAGAGUUCACCUUAUGAAAAGUGGAUACUAUGGCAUGUAGACAUCUACAUUUAUCCUCAAUAAAUACUCAAAAUGCAUUGUCACUCCUGAGGACUAACAUGAAAUGCCUCGUUUCCAGUAAAAAGGUUCUCUCUGUUUCUCUCACCAUACGAAACUCAGCAACAUUAAACUGCUAUUUCAAGCUGGUAUUAUGUGAGAGCGUGGUCCUACCCCGGUCGAGCCGACCCAUUUAUGCUACAACCAUAAUAUAGCUCUACCACGUACAAAUAUGAUAAAUUCCAACGCGGCCCCCACGUGGCAGUAACGGGUGUGGUUUUUUGUGAUAAGGCAACUUUGCGUUACGGGCGACAAUGCCAAUGAUCUCCCGCGAGAUGCUGUCUAUAGAGUGGGAACAAUGAUUUCCUUUACAGCUGUGUAAAAUAUUAGAUGUAAUUUUUUUUCCUAUAGCCUCUAAGUCUUAGAUAAGACACCUAGCUAAAUUCUAGAUUAAUGUUGAUCGUUAUAGGUUAUGUUUUUCUAAUAUGGAAUUUGUACACAGGGUUGUGAGUCGCGUUUCGUCUCGCUCUAGCGCGGUACGUGUGAACGGGACGGACGCGUUAUCGUUGAGAUGUUGUGUUGGCACUAUGUAAGAUAAUUGAUUGCCGUACAAAUAAAUAUUU